AUGCCACAGGAGCAGCGAAGUGACGGAGCACCCGCAGACCCAGGCGAUGGGAACGGAGCGAGGCAGCUGAGCGGUCUCCAGCUGCUUCUACUUGUACUGUCGAAAUCGUUCGUACCGCUGGGUGACGAGAGCGAGCUUCGUGCGACCCAUGAUCUGUUGGGGUUCUAUCGGAACGACCAUGAGAAGAUUGACCAGACGCUGUCAAGGACAGAGCAGCAGUUCAACGAAUUGGUCGAGUAUAUCAGAAGGUACGGCCACAUCCUGGAGAAGGGGCCGGUUGCAGCUAACAGAAGCCCAAGUAUCGGGGUGGAGUCCGUCGGUGCCAUGGUCGCCGACGGGUGGGCCAUCUAUUUCGGUCCAGACAACGCUGGAGAUACCGACGCGGAGAAAGACGAAAACGACGGCGAGGGCGUGGGCGGAUCGGAUUUCCCUGGCGUCACGGAUAAGGACGACCACGUGACCCAGCAGGGCUUCUACCAGAAUUGCGCAUUCCACAAGAAGCGUUGGAGGAGAUUCAAAGGGCGACCUGCGCGUUUCCAGCUUGUCAGUAAAGGUGGGAGCGGAAAAGGAUCACUGAUGCCCUUCCGAGGGGCGGCCAACUCAUAUACGGUGGCCGCGGCCUUUCCGAGCGCGUCAUCGGCGCCGGCACGCGGCUCUGGAGCCAUCGGCUCCUUCGCAGCAGAGAGCAUUGUAACCAGCGGGGCGCCCGCAGCCGCUGGUGGCAAGGCGGGCGUGACAGCCGUUGGGGCCUCCAGCCCCGCCGUCGAGCAUCGUCUCGCCGCGAGCGGCCGCGCCGACAGCGGCGCCGACAAUGCCGAAAGGACUGGGGGGUUUGACAUCUGCGAGAAAAAACGCCAGCAGGAUGCCUUUACCAUCGGCGGCCUUGCUUUCACAGCAGUUCUGCCCGAAGCGUCGGUCACGCCUCCGAGCGCGGACGGCGCGGCGGGCAGCUGGGGGCAGAUCUCGCGUUCGCCGGGCGACGACGCUCGCGCGGCCGUCGUCGCAAAGCAGCAGGUGGACCAUUCGAUCUUUGACGACGAGUUUGAGAGCUACUUCGAUGACGAGGAGAAGCGUGACUUGGUCGAGGAGGUCGAGCGCGAGCGGCAGCGGCGAUGGCCGACCGGCGCGUGGGAGAUCAGCCCAGAGAGCGAACGCGCCAGCAACCUGGACUCGCGCGCGGCGCCCAUCGCCCCUGACAGCGACGUCCCGGCGCUGCUCGGAGACAGUCCCCUGAAGAAGCUGGAUGCGAUCGUGGGGUGCGGCCCUGGCAUUCUACGUCUAUGCGGGCCUGGGCUUCGAGAGCUCUCGUUGCCUGCCGGUGUCAGGAGCUGCCGCCUGAAGGCCAGCGGGGGCGGGUAUUGGCCACUCCCGUGCUCGAAGUUCAAGGGGGUGGCCGCGACGAAGGCGACGGGCUACAUGAUCGAGUUGCAACCGAGGCCCGAACAGCUCGGCUUCGCGACGGUCGAGGCCGAGAGCGAGACGACGCCCAUGGACCAAGGCAGUCAAGGUCCCGCUGUCACGGGAUGCGGAGUUGCGCCAGGCAGUUCCGGGCAAGGAGCGGCCCGCCGCGCGAGAGCCAGGGCGGCGGCCGCCUCCAAGCCCGCGGCGGCGCUCAAGCAGGAGACGUUUCACGGGGGGGUGCGCUUCGAGGAUCGGCCGGGGCAGCGGCUGGGCGCCAUCGGGCGACGCCGCAACAACUGCAGGUCAUUGGGCGCCGUCUUGGUCUGGCCGCGACGAUGGGAGCUGCAAGAGGAGGAGGUUGCUGGCCACUCGCUCGAGCGCUGGUCCACGAUCAGGCGCGCAGUGAAGAGUUUCGAGACCUCGAGCGGCAGCGCGCGGAAGGGUGGUUUCGAUUGCUUUGGGCGGAUCUACAUGGGCGCCGUGGGGCCGAACGAGGACAGCGCCCGCGACGACGUCCACGGUGUCUUGAGGAGUGCGUUCGAGUUCAAGCGGCGGCCAGAGGUGCCCCACGACGCAAACAUCCACUGGUGCUCUUUCGACGUGCCCUCUCUUCCAGACGAGUCUUUCGAGCAAGGCAGCGACCAGCGGAAGCAGCAACGAUACGAUCAACAACUACAGUACAUGGUGGCGAUGUUCAGGGAGAUCAACGAAGCCCUCGCUAUCGAGGGUGACCGUUCACCACCAGAGUCGAGAACUAAAACGGCUGCGAUUGCGGGCAUCCGCCAGGAGGAGAGCUCUUGCCCGACCGAGGCCAGGAUGCGCGCCACGAUGAAGGCCCAGGUCGACAGGCCGAAGGAAGCGCUGAGGAAGAUGUUCGGUAUGGAGAAUCACUUCGACGUCUAUGGUGAUUCCAUCAAGGGGCUGGGCAUGAGCAGCGAGCUCUUCGCGAUCUACGAGGAGUGCACGAGGGGCAGCUGGGCGGGGAGCUGCGAGAGGUUCCGGCCGCUGGCCAUCCUGCGUGGAGAGAUGGCCGUCUGCCAGCUGGAGCGCGGGCAUGGCAAGGCUCCCAUGGAUGGCCACAUCGAAAAGAUGCAUGUGUUGCUGAAGUACAUGAAGGAGAAUCCGAUGUCCGUGGUGACGGAUCAGCGGAAGCUGCCGGCGAAGUUGGUUGCAGUGGGCGACGCAGUUUUCGGGGGAGAAGCAGAUGACAAAGGCAUGGCCAUAUUCCUGUGCUUGCUGGAGAUCAGCGACCUGAACACGUCCACCACCAGAGUCGAGAACUGGGGGUGGGACGUGGGGAGCCAGGGCAGCACGGGCGAGCAUUGCGACCCGCUGUGGCUGCGCUGGCUCAAGGCCGAGCGACUGAGGCCUGCGCGCGACGGCGCGGGCCUGCACCCGAGGGCGCGGACAUCGGCCGGGGACGCGUCUGGCGACGGAUUUCUGGACAUUGACGAGUUCAUGACGCUGAUGCAGAACGGGGAGGUCAAGACGUGGCUGUCAUCCAUGGGGCUCGACGCAG